AUGCGGAGGUUUUUCGAGGCGUUCCCCGAGGUGGUCAUGUUGGCCUCCACGCUUGGGACGUAUUCGUCGAAGUACAAGUUGUUCAGCUUGAUGAUCGAUGAUGUAUUUGGGCAUGGUCAAUACGUGCAGCAUUCGCUGAUACAGAAAGAGAGUCAUGCGUGUAUGCUGGAUGCCAUCGGAGCAUUUAAGAAGAACAAACCCUCUUGGGACCGGAUCCGUGCCAUCAUGAUCGACAAGGAUUUCGGGGAGAUCAGUCUACUCUAG